AUGAAAUUGGGCAGGGUGUCCAAAAUCCCAAAAAUCACAGAUGAACUCAUGUUCAAUCCAACCAGAGGUCUUCCGAUGAUAACCAAGAACUACAAGAAGCUCUCCCGCACGAUCAAACGAAACGACAAGAAGCUUCAAGAGAAACUCAAGACUGAAAAAUCCAAGCUGGCUGCGAAGAGAGCCAAAGUUGAAGCUGAAUGCGAGAACCUUGGUACAGUCAUCCAGUUUUACCAGUUCUGGGCCCAUGGUUUCUUCCCAGAGCCAACUUCAAUGACUGCAUUCUCCGCCAGAAUCAAGGAGUACAGAAGAAGUCUACUAGAUAAUGAGCUUCGCAAGCUCAAGAUUGAGAAAGGCAUUAUCGUCGAAGGGGAAGAUGAGCCAGAGCCACCUACUGAGCUUGACAACGAUGAUUUAUACACUGGACCAGAGCCACCAGCACCCACGGAAAACAACAACCUGGACUUGGAAGAAGAUGAUGGAGACUGGGGCUUCAUGAACGUCAAUAACUCAGAUUCCAAUGGGCUUUUUGUUGGUGACAACGAUAAGGACCUUGACGCAGAGAGACCCUCCAAUCCAGUCCAAGAUUCGGUGGCCAAAGAUCUGUUUGACGACGAAUUUGCGCCCGACGAGGAAAUGGAAGAUGACUACGAGGCAGAGCUUGCUGCUAUGCGUGAAAUGGGUAUGUGA